AUGUUAAGUAAUAUAUUAAAAAAAGGAUUCUUAUCAACUAAUCCAUUAACAUCUAUAUCACGUUAUGCAUCAACAAGUGGUCAACAUACAGUUUUAGUUGUACUUUAUGAAGGAGGUGAAGCUGGUCAAAAAAAUAAAAAUAUCUUAGGAUGUGUAGAAAAUGCACUUGGUUUACGUGAAUGGAUUAAACAAAAUAAACUUCAAGAUCGUCUUAAACUUGUUGUUACAUCUGAUAAACAAGGUGAAAAUUGUGUUGCUGAACAAAUUUUACCAGAAGCAAGUGUUGUUAUAUCACAACCAUUUUGGCCAUGUUAUCUUGAUCAAGCACGUAUUGAUAAAGCAAAAAAAUUACAAUUAGCUAUAACAGCUGGUGUUGGUUCUGAUCAUGUUAAUCUCGAAGCAGCUUGUAAACGAGGAAUUACUAUUGCUGAAAUAACAGGUUCAAAUGUUGUUAGUGUUGCGGAACAUGUUGUUAUGCAAAUAUUAGCACUUGUACGAAAUUUUAUUCCAGCUUAUAAACAAGUUGUCAAUGGUGAAUGGGAUAUUGCAGGAAUAGCUGAUAAAGCAUAUGAUUUAGAAAAUAAACAUGUUGGUACAGUUGCUGCCGGUCGUAUUGGUCUACGUGUUUUACAACGUCUUAAACCAUUUGAUGUUCAUUUACAUUAUUAUGAUAAAUUUCGUUUAGAUAAAUCACUUGAAAAAGAACUUAAUGUAACAUAUCAUCCAAGUGUUGAAUCAUUAGUUAAAGCAUGUGAUGUUAUUACAAUAAAUUGUCCAUUACAUCCUGAAACUGAACAUAUGUUUAAUAAAAAAUUAAUAUCACAAAUGAAAAAAGGUAGUUAUAUUGUUAAUACAGCACGUGGAAAAAUUGUAGAUCGUGAUGCUUUGGUUGAUGCAAUUAAAUCAAAUCAUAUUGAAGGUUAUGCUGGAGAUGUUUGGUAUCCACAACCAGCAGCACCAGAUCAUCCAUGGCGUUCAAUGCCUCGACAUGCAAUGACACCACAUUAUUCAGGUACAACACUUAGUGCUCAAGCACGUUAUGCAGCUGGUGUUAGAGAAGUUCUUGGUAAUUGGCUUGAUGGAAAACCACAACGUGAAGAAUAUUUAAUUGUUGAUAAAGGAAAAGUUGUUAGCCGUGCCUAUACAGAAGGUGAUGCAACAAAAGGUCAUGCACAAAAUUAA